AUGGUUAGUCAAUUUAAGACUAUUAUGAGUGUACAUGAGUGUCCCAAAAUAAUAGUAUCGGAUAACGUACCAUUUGGUUCACAUGAAUUCAGAAAAUUUUGUAAAGAAUAUAACAUUGAACUUAGAACAUCUAGUCCUAACUAUCCUCAGUCGAAUGGUUUAUUAGAGAGAGCAGUUCAAACAGCUAAACAGUUGUUAAAAAAAUCCAUAGGUGAAAGAAAGGAAUCAAAUGAUUUAUUACUAGAGUAUCGAUGUACAACAAUACCACAUAUUGGUGUAGCUCCUUGUGAGUUAUUGAUGAACAAAAUUGUGAGCAAUGUGUACACACAUGUAGCUAAUUUGCCUAUAUAA